AUGAGCCUCAGCUGCGUCGAGGUGUACAACGAGACCGUGCGGGACCUGCUCACGCGACGGCCGGAAAGUCUGCGCGCCAGGGAACAUCCCCAAACAGGGCCUUAUGUGCAAGGACUCGGCAUGCACCUGGUGUCCUGCGCCGCGGAGCUGCGCAGCCUGCUGGCGCGCGGCAUGAGCCGGCGCCAGGUCGGCGCCACGCAGCUGAACGGCGCCAGCAGCCGCAGCCACGCGCUGGUCACGCUGAGUCGGCGGCGGCUGAAGGAGGCGGCCUGCAUCAACCGGUCUCUGGUGGCGCUCGGUAACGUCAUCUCCGCCCUCGGCGAGAGCAGCUGUCCGGCGCCGAGCGGGUCAGAGCGGACUGGGGACGGGCGCCGCCGCCGCACAUUCGUCUCGUACCGCGGCUCGGUGCUCACCUGGCUGCUGAAGGACUCGCUCGGCGGCAACUCCAAGACGGUGAUGGUCUCAACCGUGUCACCAGCCAGCACGUGCUACAGUGACACUCUCAGCACGCUGCGCUUCGCCGACCGAGCCAGAGCCAUCGUGAACCGGCCGGUGGUGAACGAGGAGCCCGGCUCCCGGGUGGUGAUGGAGCUGCGCGCGGAGGUCAACAGGCUCAGAAGUCUGCUGGCCCUCAACAAGGUCUGGCGUCAGUGA